ACACACACCCCUGGGUGGCCCCCCAUAUGACACCUCUGAGGGGCUGGAGCAGAGCUGAUUGCAUAAUGCUCUUCAACAUCUGACCAAUAACUUUUGACACUUUCUGACCUUCUGUCUAUUUGCUGUUUUGAAGUUCGUCCUCAGUGCAGGUCAACAGACUAAGAACAGCUGCAGUACAAUGGCUGCCUUCCUUCAUCACUGCCCCUUCCUAAAGUCUGUCCCUAAGCCAGCUUUGAGGAGAACAGGAGCUGCCUUGCUGUCUCUGGCCAAUCAAUGCCCCAUAAUCGCUCGCCAGAUCAGUGGGAGUAGCCCAGCCUUUCUGGAGGCCAAGCUGGGCGUCUCACCCACCAAACCCACGAGUCACCGACUUCCCAUGGUGGACCAAAGGAGGCUUUUUGCUCAAACAGCAACUCAGGUGGCUGUGUCUGUAUCGAAGGGCUGCCCUUUUGUCAGCUCUCAGAUUGGGGUGGUCCACGCCAGCCCUGAAGUACAGGAGGAUGUCCAAGAAGAUUUCAUGACCUCUCUGUUGAAGGGUUUAAAGGAUUCAUUCCUCCCAACAUCAGCUCAAACCAACACUGUCACCCACCUCCUCAAAGACAGCAUGGUUGGCCCCAGCUAUGACUAUGACCAAUUCUUCAUGAAGAAGAUUGCUGAGAAAAAGAAGGACCACACAUACAGAGUCUUUAAGACCAUAAACAGGAGCACUCAGGUCUUCCCUUUCGCUGAGGAUUACUCCGUCUCUGGGCGGGAGGGCUCCCAGGUGUCCGUCUGGUGCAGCAACGACUAUCUGGGAAUGAGUCGGCACCCACGGGUCGUCAGUGGGAUCAGAGAUGCCCUGGAAAGGCACGGUGCAGGAGCAGGUGGGACCAGGAACAUCUCAGGCACCAGUAACUUCCAUGUGUCUCUGGAGAAGGAGCUGGCCCAACUACACCAGAAAGACGCAGCUCUGGUCUUCUCCUCCUGCUUUGUGGCAAAUGACUCCACCCUGUUCACUUUGGCUAAGAUGCUUCCAGGGUGCGAGAUCUACUCUGAUGCAGGGAACCACGCAUCAAUGAUUCAGGGCAUCAGAAACAGCGGAGCCAAGCGUUUCAUCUUCCGCCACAAUGACAGCCGACACCUGGAGGAACUGCUGCAACGCUCAGAUCCCAAGACACCCAAAAUAGUGGCAUUUGAGACCGUGCACUCCAUGGAUGGUGCCAUAUGUCCCCUGGAAGAGCUGUGCGAUGUAGCUCACCGUUAUGGAGCUCUGACGUUUGUUGAUGAAGUUCACGCUGUGGGCCUGUAUGGAGCCCAUGGAGCUGGAGUGGGAGAGAGGGACAACGUUAUGCACAAGAUUGACAUUGUUUCUGGGACCUUAGGCAAAGCCUUUGGCUGUGUUGGAGGCUACAUCGCCAGCAGCGCCGCUCUGGUGGACACGGUGCGCUCCUUCGCAGCCGGCUUCAUCUUCACCACUGCCCUGCCCCCGAUGGUCCUGGCUGGAGCCCUGGAGUCUGUCCGGGUCCUGAAGAGCCCCGAGGGGCAGGUGCUCCGCAGAGCCCACCAGAGGAACGUCAAACACAUGAGGCAGCUGCUCAUGGAUAAGGGCCUGCCUGUGGUCAACUGUCCCAGCCACAUCAUCCCCAUACGGGUGGGCAACGCUGAGCUGAACACCAAGGUGUGUGACACCCUGCUGGAGAGACACAACAUCUACGUCCAGGCCAUCAACUACCCCACAGUGCCUCGUGGUGAGGAGCUGCUGCGUCUGGCUCCAUCUCCUCAUCACAACCCCACCAUGAUGGCUUACUUUGUUGAGAAACUGGUGGAGGUGUGGCAGGAAGCAGGGCUCCUGCUGAACAGCCCAGCCACGGCCUCCUGCACCUUCUGUAACCGCCCGCUGCACUUUGAGCUUUUGAGUGAAUGGGAGAAAUCCUACUUCGGCAACAUGGAACCACAAUACAUUACUGUGUCUGCAUAAUACCAAAGUACAUGUAGCGUCUCAACACAAGUUACACAUACAGUAUAUGUAUAAAUCUGUAAACUUGUGUUUAAACAUUCUUUAAUGUCAGUGGUGUGGACUAAAUUCCAGUAUUCCUUUCUGUUUUCCUCUAAUUAUGCUUACUAAAUUGUGUUUGCUGUAAUGGAUAUGAUUACAGAAAACUGUGCCCCCUCCAUUUUAAAAGCAUAAAACCUGCACAUUGGACACUUUCUUAAAUCUCUCAUUUAGGUGUGAUGGUUUGAAUUAAACUAUGCUAUUUAAUUUCA